GGCGGGGUCUGCCUGUCCCUGUGAGUACCAGACUCAUGAGACCUGGCCAUUUUCUCCUCAUCUCCGUCUGUAUAAUUGCCAGUGGAUCUGACUACACCAAAAGAGCUCAGGAUGCUACGGUUGCAAGCUCUCCUGUUCCUCUUAAUCCUGCCCAGUCAUGCCGAGGUUGAUACAGCUGAGGAGGCGAAAGCUCUGGUCCCUCCACCCAAGGAAACUUGUGCAGGUUGGAUGGCAGGCAUCCCAGGACAUCCUGGCCACAAUGGGACACCAGGCCGUGAUGGCAGAGAUGGCAUUCCUGGAGAGAAGGGAGAGAAGGGAGAUGCAGGUCUUCUUGGUCCAAAGGGUGAGACGGGAGAUGCUGGAAUGACAGGAGCUGAAGGGCCACGGGGCUUUCCUGGAACCCCCGGCAGGAAAGGAGAGCCGGGAGAAGCCGCUUCUGUGUAUCGCUCAGCAUUCAGUGUGGGGCUGGAGACCCGCGUCACCGUCCCCAAUGUUCCCAUCCGCUUUACGAAGAUCUUCUACAACCAACAGAAUCAUUAUGACGGCAGCACUGGGAAAUUCUACUGCAACAUUCCAGGCCUCUACUACUUCUCCUACCACAUCACGGUGUAUAUGAAGGAUGUGAAGGUGAGCCUCUUCAAGAAGGACAAGGCCGUUCUCUUUACCUACGACCAGUAUCAGGAAAAGGAUGUGGACCAGGCCUCUGGCUCUGUGCUCCUCCAUCUGGAGGUGGGAGAUCAAGUCUGGCUCCAGGUGUAUGGGGAUGGGGACCACAAUGGACUCUACGCAGAUAAUGUCAAUGACUCUACAUUUACUGGCUUCCUUCUCUACCAUGAUACCAACUGAUUGCAACUAACUCAGAGCUGCCCAUAGCCUAAACACCCCAAGAAUCACAGAACCGUCACCAAGCUUUCAGCUUAGAGAGAUUGAUUUUAUUGCUUAGCUUGAGUUAUUAUUCAGCUUAGCUGAAUAUUAUCCACAUGGAUACUCAUUCAUUCAUUAAAUGACUUUAUAAAAAAAUAA